AUGAAGACCAAUAGUCAUGAGACAAACAUGAAACAUGAGGUGAAGGUUGUUGCUGAUCAGAGGAUAAAGCACUACAAGGUCAUCUGUUUUCUUGGUGUAGCUUUGAUUACAUGGAUUGACAAGGCAGUACUUCUCAACCGAUUGAAUGAGUACAACAAUGUAGCUGCCCAAGUCUGCAUAAUCUACUUCACAGUAGCUUUAGUUUCCAUGUUGCUGGGGUUGACUGCGUCUUCGUUUCCCGAUUCUGCUCUCUGUGCUAAGACAGUUUCGAGCAAUGGAGCUCUGCAGGCCUUUUUGUUUUUAAACGCAGUUGUGCACUUGCACAAUAUAGACUUAUAUUCGAAAGUUCGGCACCUAGGAGUCUCAUGGAUGCUCACAUCCUUGGUCUUUUGCAUCUACUGGGUAAUGAAUCAAUCCAGCUCAUCAAAGGUUAUACAAAUUAGACAAGCAAUCCAGUUAGAAUUAGUUCCAGGCCACCAAUCCCAAGGAACCGAACAGGGCCUAAGUGAAUUUGAGAAUUUAACAAAGUUUGCAGAUCACAGCAGACGUCAACUCCAGGAGAAACUACUCUUUCUGAAAGCUGAACAUGUGUACUCUAUGAUUUAG